AUGGCGGUCAACCGGAUUCGUGGCGCAUUUGCUGUGCCUAGGAAGGGAGAGACUUUCGAGCUGCGGGCAGGACUUGUUUCUCAGUAUGCGUACGAGCGCAAGGAGUCGAUCCAGAAGACGAUCAUGGCGAUGACGUUGGGCAAGGACGUGUCGGCCUUGUUCCCUGACGUUCUCAAAAACAUCGCGACAGCCGACUUGGACCAGAAGAAGCUGUGCACGGAGUGGGGUCGCGUUACUAUCCUGACCACACUGGCCGACUACCCGGCAGCGGACGCUAAGGAGGCCGAACAUAUCUGUGAGAGAGUUGCGCCGCAGUUCCAGCAUGUCAACCCCAGUGUGGUUCUAGCAGCUGUCAAGGUUGUCUUCAUCCAUAUGAAGGCUGUCAGCCCGGAGUUGGUACGAUCUUACCUCAAGAAGAUGGCACCGCCCCUUGUGACUCUGGUGGCUUCUGCCCCUGAGGUUCAAUACGUUGCUCUCCGCAACAUCGACCUUCUACUCCAGGCGAAGCCCGAUAUCCUCAGCAAGGAGCUACGUGUAUUCUUCUGCAAAUACAACGAUCCUCCCUACGUUAAGCUCCAGAAGCUCGAGAUCAUGGUACGGAUAGCCAACGAGAAGAACUUCGAUCAGCUUCUUGCGGAACUGAAGGAAUACGCUCUUGAAGUCGACAUGGAUUUCGUCAAGCGCGCAGUCAAGGCCAUUGGCCAAGUUGCGAUCAAGCUUGAAAGCGCUAGCCAGAAGUGCGUCAAUGCGCUGCUGGAUUUGAUUGCUACCAAGGUCAAUUACGUUGUCCAGGAGGUGGUUGUGGUGAUUAAAGAUAUCCUUCGAAAGUACCCCGGUUACGAAGGUGUUAUCCCGACGCUUUGCAAGUAUAUCGAUGAGCUGGACGAGCCGACCGCCAGGGGAUCACUGAUCUGGAUUGUGGGAGAGUACGCCGAGAAGAUCAACAACGCAGACGACAUUCUGGCUAGUUUCGUGGAGGGUUUCAUGGAAGAGUUUACACAGGUUUGUCAAACUUCCCCUCAGGCUCCAGACCUGGCUAACAUGAAGCAGACGCAACUUCAGAUUCUUACUGCAGUUGUCAAGCUCUUCCUCAAGAAGCCUGGCAACACCCAGAGCUUGGUUCAGAAAGUCCUCCAACAGGCCACAACAGAUAACGAUAACCCUGAUAUCAGGGACAGAGCCUACGUCUACUGGCGUCUUUUGUCAGGCGACUUGGAUGUCGCCAAGAGCAUUGUUCUCUCGCAAAAGCCUGCCAUUACUACAACCAUGACCAGCCUCCCACCAGCUCUCCUCGAGCAACUCCUUGGAGAGCUUUCCACUCUCGCCUCGGUGUACCACAAGCCACCAGAAUCCUUUGUUGGCAAGGGCCGCUAUGGGGCAGACGAGAUCCAGCGUGCGGCCAUCCGCGAGCAACGGCAAGAAGCGGCCGAAAACCCUAUUGCAGCGUCAGUGGCGGCCGCGGCCAACGGCACCACCGCGUCUCAAAACAACAUCGAAAACCUGCUUGACAUCGACUUCGAUGGCGCCGCUCCUGCGUCAGCCGAGCAGCAGAGCAAUGUUAACACUCCAGACAGAGUGUCUAGUCCCUCGGGAGGUGCCACUUCGAGUGCCAUGGCCGAUAUGAUGGGUCUUUUUGACGCCCCUCCGCCGCAGCAACAGCAGCAGGCGAUGGCCAACCCAAUGAGCCCUGGCGCAGGCGGCAGUGGCAUGGAUGACAUGAUGAAUGGCUUCUCUGGGCUUGAUUUUGGAAACACCGGAUCGGGCCAGCCCCUGCCGGCCGCCAUGCAACUACAUCCGACUCCACCGACACAACAGCCUAGCGAAGGAAACGGGAAGAAGACGAACGAGGACUUGCUGGGACUCUUCUAG